AUGUCGCGAAUAUCAACCCCUCCAUUAUCUCCCGAAACCUCUAUCGAACCCAAGGAUGAGAAAUGCGAAUCCACUAAUAACAAAAUCCGACAACUCGACAACCUACUAGAGCGGUACCUUCAUCUAUUAGAUACUCAUCAAAAGCUGCAGGAAUCAGUGGGAAAGCAACUCUCAUCCGGAUUCUUCCAACUUGCACAUGCAAACUAUGUCUCAUCCGGUCGAAGAUUCGGGGAGGAUUUUUAUGAUGAGCGGAUGAAAGCGACUCGGCGAUUCUGGAUGAGUACCCGGUUGGAAAAGGUUCGAUUUGAAGUUAAAUACAAGUCGGUCCUGGAUCAGAAGAAUGAGGAUGGAGAAGUGAACAGUAAAGAAGAAGAAGAAGAAGAAGAAGCAGAGCAAACUGCUAAAGAACCAGUGGCCGAUGAAACACAGCACUCCAACUCCGAUAACGAGCAACAACCCGAUCCAGCAUCAGAAAUUGUAACACCACCAGCACAAUCAGAGGAGACCACCAACAGCGACAAAGAGGAAGAUACUGAUUCUACGACACACUACCCCGAGAAAGUGGAAGAAUCUAAUAAGAAAAAGAAAAAAAUCUUCCGAUCCGAUGACCCCAUCUCGUGGUAUGGGAUCUUGGUUCCGGCGUCACUGAGAAGUGCACAGAAAUCGUUUAUUGGAGCCGUCGAUGGUGGGAUUCUGGAGCUUGUCAGCGUAAUUAGUGAGAUGCGUUGUGUGGAAGAUAUGGUGUAUGAGUUGAGGGGGGAGAUAGAGAAGAAGAAUCGAAUUGAUACCCGUCAAGAAGAGGUUGAUCCAUGGCUAAAUAGGUAUGUGACAUGAACCAAGUGUCGGUUUAGUCGACGUGAUUGAUUCUUUGACGAGGGAGUAUAUCAAGAUCGUAGUAGCUAGGACUCCUCUUCCUCCGCGGACAUCUUCCUUUCCGGAAUGCCGUAACGUUAGGGCUAAGAGCAGCGACAGUCUCGAAAUCGUCUGUCAUAUCGCUUUCACUGGAGGAGUUUCCAUGCUGGGUAUGUGCUGACAAAGUGGUUUCAAGAAAUUCAUCGUUGCCGGAUCUGAUCUGCUCCAUUCUGUCCAUUACCAGCUCACCUGGCACGCUGGGCACAA